AUGUUUGGCUAUGUGUAUGAUGAUAUCAUGCAGAAGCAUGCGAAUCCGUAUGAUCCAAAUGAAAGAACUCAAGAACGACCGGAACGAACAUGCUUAAUUCAUUCUAGACUACAAAAUGAUGGUUUACUUGAUAAUGCAAUAAAUAUCAAAGUUCGAGCAGCAAAAGAUUGGGAACUUUGUUUAAAUCAUCCUUAUCAAUUGGUCAAAGAACUUGAAGAAAUGAGUACGGUGGAAGAAUUGGAGGAAUAUUGUAAAGAACAUGAAUUACUUUGGCUAUGUCCCGAUAGUAUUCGUAUUGCUCGACUUGUUGUUGGUGGUGUGAUUGAUUUUGUACGGGCUAAUAUUCAGGGCAGGAUUGGUAAUGGUUUUGCAAUUGUACGACCACCAGGUCAUCAUUCAUAUGGGAAACAACCACAAGGAUUUUGCAUCUUUAAUAAUAUUGCAAUUAGCGCUAAAUAUGCUAUAAUUGUGGUGGAUUUUGAUUAUCACUGUGGCAACGGCUUAUAUCAUUCCCUCAAAGGGGAUAAACGAUUUUUGUACAUUAAUUUUCAUGCUUAUCAUUACGGAGCUUUUUGGCCAUAUGAGGAAGAAUAUGAUUAUGAUAACAAAUAUGAUAAUAUCGUAUCCAUCCCGUUGAAUUGUGCAAUGAAUACGGAAGGUGAUUACAUCGGUGCAUUACAACAUCUUGUAAUACCUAUUGCUAAAGAGUAUCAACCAGAAUUGGUACUUGUUGCGCUUGGAUUUGAUAGCGCUUACUAUGAUGAUUUAUUAGAACAUGGACAGGGCAUUAAAGCACAUGGAUAUGGUCAUAUAAUGAAAAUAUUGGAUAAUCUAUGGCCAAAUAAAGUUUUGGCUAUUUUGGAAGGUGGAUAUUUUUCUGAUAGUUACACUGAAUGUGCUGCUAUGGCUGUACGAGGUUUACGAAGAAUGGAAUUACCAAAAUUACAUUAUCCGAAACAAAUUAAUGCAUGCAUGGCAGAAACAUUAUGGAAUAGUUUAUGCUUUCAUGCAAAACGUUGGAAGAAUGUUGCAGAACAUUUGGAGAAAUUGCAAGAUAUGCAGAUCAAGCAUGGAUUUCCAAAAUAUGUACCAUCAGCUGUUAAAAUUUUUCUUGGUAAUGGUUUUCGUAAAUUAUGGAAUGAUGUACAGAAAUUGAAAGUAGCACGAACACGUGAUUGGAUAGAUGGAAUGACUGAUGAAGAUAAAUGUUUUGCAAGAGGAAAAAUUAAUGAAUACAUAAAGCAAUAUGAAUACGGUACAACGGAUGAAUUAACAGAAGAUGAAUUUCUCAAGCAAUUACUAUGGUAUUCUCAACGACGUGGUGAAGCGUUUCUGAAAUCGAUCCCUACAACGCUCUUCUUUUAUAAUUGUAUGCGAGAAUGUAUGAAAGACGAGAAUGGUGUCUAUUUAAUUGUUGAUAUGUGUUCAUAUCGUGAAGCUGCUCGUAAAUAUCGUGCUCUGAAGAAAAAUAAAACAUAA